AUGGCUGUUUUCGCUCGAAUGAUGAAGGGUCAAGUGCGCAAUUAUUCCGCACCAUUGGACAUGGCCAUUCCUGCCACCAAACAGAAGUAUAUUCCCUCGUCCGGAACCUAUCCAAAGGGAUUUCUCGUCUCAGGAACCCAUGUUGGUGUGAAGGCAUCUAACACCCGGUUCCCCGAUUUGGCUCUAAUCUCGUCCGAAACUCCAUGUUCGGCCGCAGCUGUGUUCACCACGAACAAGUUCCAGGCAGCUCCUGUCCAAGUGAGCCGAAAUAUUCUUCAAAGCCGUCAGGGACAAGGCAUCCAGUCGGUGGUGAUCAACUCCGGCUGUGCCAAUGCUGUCACGGGCAAAGGCGGCUUGGAAGAUGCCGUGAAUAUGGGCAAGAAGGUGGACGGAUGCAAUGGUGUCAACGAGCCCAGCACUCUCGUCAUGAGCACUGGAGUCAUUGGACAACGACUCCCGAUCUCAAAAAUUCUCGACAAGAUUCCAACCGGUCAUGCCAACCUCUCAUCCACACACGAGGCCUGGCUCACCACAGCCCGCGCCAUCUGCACUACCGAUACCUUCCCGAAGCUCCUCUCCCGCACGUUUACGCUCCCCUCCUCACCUGGGCACACAUACAGCCUGGCCGGAAUGACCAAGGGAGCAGGGAUGAUCCACCCGAACAUGGCCACUUUGCUGGGCGUCCUCUGCACGGACGCCCCCAUUGAGCCGUCCGCUCUUCAAUCCUUAUUGAAACACGCUAUCUCACGCUCGUUCAACUCCAUCUCGAUUGACGGGGACACCAGCACAAACGACACGGUCACCAUCCUAGCCAACGGCGCGGCAGGCGGAGUGCCCAUCGCCUCGACCUUGUCUGACGACUACGCCGUCAUGCAGGACGUCCUCACCUCGUUUUCGCAGUCCCUGUCGCAACUCAUCGUUCGAGACGGCGAAGGAGCCACCAAGUUCGUGACGGUGCGUGUGCAGAACUCACCGGACUAUGAAUCCGGCCAACUCAUCGCGUCCACCAUUGCUCGGUCCCCGCUCGUCAAAACCGCUCUGUACGGUAAGGAUGCGAACUGGGGCCGCAUCCUCUGCGCCAUCGGGUAUACUCAGGGCUUAGCUCCCGGGACGGUGGUUCCUGAGCUUACGAGCGUCAGUUUCAAGCCGGUUGACGGUAGCCCUGUUCUGAAGUUGCUGGUGAACGGCGAGCCGGAGCAGGUGGAUGAGGAACGAGCCAGCGUGAUUCUGCAGGAGGAGGAUCUGGAAAUCGUCGUGGACCUCGGAGGCGGUGAUAAGGGGGAGCAGGGCCUUGGUGGUGAGGAGGCUGUGUACUGGUUCUGUGACUUCAGUCAUGAAUACGUAACUAUCAAUGGCGAUUAUCGCACUUAG